AUUUGUGGACUCUUCCAACACCACUGGAUAACUGCAACAGAAUCUCAUGAUUAAAGCUAGACCACCAGUGGGACAAAUGUCUUCAGUGGUUGCACCUGCUAAAGAAACCAAUGCAAUGGGACCUAAAGAUGUUGAACUUAUACUUGUAAAGGAACAAAAUGGAGUCCAGUUCACUAACUCAACACUGGUUAAUCCAUCCCAGACCAAUACGGAAAAUGAAGAGAGAGAGACCUGGAGUAAGAAGAUCGAUUUCCUUCUUUCUGUUAUUGGGUUUGCAGUGGACUUAGCUAAUGUUUGGAGGUUUCCAUACCUGUGUUACAAAAAUGGGGGAGGUGCUUUCUUGGUACCAUAUUUGUUUUUCAUGAUUAUUGCUGGCAUGCCUCUUUUCUAUAUGGAGUUGGCUAUUGGACAGUUUAAUCGAGAGGGAGCUGCUGGAGUGUGGAAGAUAUGCCCUAUAUUCAAAGGUGUUGGCUUUACAGUCAUUCUGAUAUCAUUAUAUGUGGGAUUUUUUUACAACGUGAUCAUUGCUUGGGCUUUGUAUUAUCUUUUCUCCUCAUUUACAUCAGAGCUUCCAUGGAUUCACUGCAACAAUUCAUGGAAUAGUCCCAACUGUUCUGAGACAAAAUAUGAUUUCAAUGGCUCAGGCUACUCUUCUUUCAAUGACACUUCCAAGGUCACUCCAGCGGCAGAAUACUUUGAACGAGGUGUUCUGCAUCUUCAUGAAAGCCAAGGAAUCCAUGAUUUAGGACUUCCACGCUGGAAGCUGACAUCUUGCCUGAUUAUUGUGAUUGUAUUCCUUUAUUUCAGUCUAUGGAAAGGGGUGAAAACUUCGGGGAAGGUAGUAUGGAUUACAGCGACGAUGCCUUAUGUUGUCCUGACCGCAUUGCUGCUUCGUGGUAUAACACUUCCCGGUGCCAUUGAUGGCAUCAAAGCUUACUUAAGUGUUGAUUUUCUCCGUCUUUGUGAGGCAUCGGUUUGGAUUGAUGCUGCCACUCAGAUCUGCUUCUCACUCGGUGUUGGGUUUGGUGUGCUAAUUGCUUUCUCCAGUUACAAUAAGUUUUCAAACAACUGCUAUAGAGAUGCAAUUAUUACAACAUCAGUCAAUUCCCUGACAAGCUUUUUUUCUGGAUUUGUCAUCUUCUCCUUCCUUGGAUACAUGUCUCAAAAGCAUAAUGUACCUAUUGGUGAUGUUGCCAAGGAUGGGCCUGGGCUGAUAUUUAUCAUAUAUCCAGAGGCUAUUGCUACCCUUCCACUUUCUUCAGUGUGGGCUGUUAUUUUCUUUAUCAUGCUUCUCACUCUCGGAAUUGACAGUGCAAUGGGAGGAAUGGAGUCAGUAAUCACUGGCCUGAUUGAUGAAUUUAAGUUUCUGCAUAAACAUCGGGAGCUCUUUACACUCUUCGUCGUGCUGUGUACUUUCUUCAUAUCUCUCUCCUGUGUAACCAACGGAGGAAUCUAUGUUUUUACACUACUUGACCAUUUUGCUGCAGGUACAUCAAUUCUUUUUGGGGUUCUCUUUGAAGCUAUUGGAAUUGCUUGGUUUUAUGGUGUAGAUCGAUUCAGUGAUGACAUAGAGGAGAUGAUUGGAAAACGACCAGGAUUGUACUGGAGACUUUGCUGGAAGUUUGUCAGUCCCUGUUUUCUCCUGUUUGUGGUCGUUGUUAGUAUUGUUACAUAUAGAUCGCCAAAAUAUGGAAACUACACAUUCCCGGAAUGGGCAAAUGUUAUUGGCUGGUUAGUUGCCUUAUCAUCCAUGGCCUUGGUACCCAUUUAUGCCAUAUAUAAAUUUUGUAGAAUUCCUGGAUCCUUUCGUAAGAAAAUUGCAUAUUCAAUAACCCCUGAAAAAGAUUAUGAGCUGAUAGAAAGUGGAGAAGUACGACAGUUUACUCUCCAUCAUUGGCUUAGUGUAUAGGAACACUGGAAAAGUUAAUGGAAGACAUACAAGACAAACAGGAAGAAAAAGAUAAUCGUUAAUAUAUUCAGUACUUGAGUGGUGGCUUUGUUUAACACACAUUGAGAAAGAUAUUCCUAUUCCGAAUACCUUCAGAGUAUACUUGGGAAUACAAGUGUCAUGACUGCCUUCUACGGUGUUAUUCUGUUUUUUCUCUAUUUUCAAUUUUAUUUGUUAAGUUGUUGAUGGAAGCAAUCAUGUUUCCUAUUGUACAUCCUAGCACCUUAUGCCAUGGAAAAGUAUAAAUAGAACUUUUCAGUGAAAUCAACUUUAAAUGAUGCCAUUGAUGAAAACAAAUGAGCAUCUUACCAGAGGCAAAGGUAGCCAGCUAUAAAAACAUUUUUAAUGUGCAUUAUUAUGUAAUUUCUAUGUGCUAAUGACUGUUCAAAGAUAUAGAUAUACAAUGGAGAUAUAUUUUAUUUUAUCAAGGGUAUGUGAUUAUGUUUGAAUGUAAGCGUUAGUAUGCCUUAUAAAUAUUUCCAAUAGCAGUGCUACAAAAUUGCAGUGGUGAAUAAUUUGGACUAAAGAGGUGCUGUCAAAUCCAAACAAGUACCGUAUUUAUCGGCGUAUCACACGCACCCUAACUUUAAGAGGGAAGUUUCAGGAAAAAAUAUUUCCA